CCAUGAGAUGAUUCUCUGCCCCUGCGCUGGUUCUGGGCGUCUCUCACACAACGGCAGUCAAUACGAUAUACGAGCUCGCAGAUGGAUCCUUCACACAACGCGGCCUCAGUCUGAGCCUCUUCCUGCAGAUGGCUACGCGUUUGAACCAUCACUUGACGAUGCACCACACGAUUGAGGAAGCACACAUCUUCCCAUCCUGGCCACGAAGAUGCCGCAGUUCUCGACAGAAACGGAACAUGCCCACAUUGAUUCCCACAAGGGAAUCCACGAUGGGCUGGAGGCGCUGGGAGAACUCGUCCAAAAGUACAAGGCCGAGCCCUCCAGUUAUUCACCGUCGGAAUUGCGAGCCUGUCUGGAUGGUUUCCGUGAUGUCAUGUUCAAUCACCUAGACGAGGAAGUCAACGACUUGAGAGGAGAUAAUAUGAAGAAGUACUGGACUUUAGAGGAGCUAGAUCUUAUACCCAUGUAGCUUGACGCGCGCUUAUCAGAUUAGAUGUGAGCAUAAUUAGCGAGUAUGUCUGAUUAGUAUUUGUGACUCAGACUCAGAGAGCCUGGCUUUACUCACCAUGUCUGCUAUCCAGCCUCGUCCUGAGGAGAAUCCAACCUCCAUUCCCGCCGGCCCUUCGCUCCAACCCACUUCCUCUCAUGAGACGCUGCCCUUGUAUUCACAAGACGAGGACCGCCGCAGAUCUCUAGAAGACGCGGCGACGCCCCUCCCUCCAGGGUGGUUCUGUCACUUAGACGAGCACACAAAACACCAUUACUAUGUACUUGCCAUUCCAUUCAAGCUCUGGCAGCUGGAAUACUGACGCGCCCAGGUGGACAUGAACAGCAGCCCCCCUCGUUCGGUGUGGCAACAUCCUCGAUACGACGCUGAAGAGGCAGCGCUGGCGCCUGCGUACGCAUCGCCUGGACCGCAGCCCAAGACCGUUCUCGGCAAACUGAAGGCGAAAUGGAAAGCCGAGCUCGAGGAAGAGAAGAAGCAGAAAGAGACCCAGCGACGCGAAAUCCUGGAGAGGUAUUCCGCCAGACGCGCGCAGGUGCUUGAAGAGCUCGUCAAAGACGGGAACCCCGGCCUGAGCGACUAUGUGGGACCCCCGCCGUCGCCGUAUGGGGGUGUUUACCGGGGUCUGACUCCCAGAUUAGCUCGGAAUCUGGGCGGAUGGCUGGCAUAGCCUCGAUUGUGCAAAUUACAUGUGGCCUUAUGAUACAACACAAGUAGUGGUGUAUACGAAUCAUUACGGAGCGUCUCGUUCAAGUUCAUCCGCGGUCGGCUGGUGCUGUGUCUCAAUCGCCGGAUCCGUCCACGGCACAUGCAGGACGCCCAUCUCAAAGUACGGCCUCUCCGG